CCGGCAUCGGCCCAGUUUGGGGUUGACGUAGGCGGGCAGAACUUUCCAGCCCAGCAGACCUAAUUGAUCCCAUUCACUGCUGCCGGCUGCAAUACCGCAAUGGCAUUCUCAAAGGAAGCCGCCUCGUGGCUCUCGCCGUCUCCCGUACAGCUGUCUCCGGUUCCCCAACCCGGACAGCAGGCUCCAUCUUGUGCACAGCUGCCCCUCCCAGCCAACAACAGCAAGCCAACUAUCAUAGCCUUCCUCCGGCACUGCGGAUGUCCUAUUGCGGAGGCAACGUUCCUGGAUCUCCGCACUGCCGCCGAGAAACACCCCGAUAUCAACUUCGUCGCUGUAUCGCACAGUGACCAGCCUUCGACAGACAGGUGGCUGGAAUCAGUGGGUGGCGCAGGCAGCCCCGAAGUUAAUCCAGUGGUAGUUGUCGUCGAUGCUGAGCGCCAGAUCUACGCGCAAUGGGGCCUGGGCAUCACCUCUUGGAGCCAUGUCCUGAGUCCAGGUGGACUCCUGUCCAUCUGGAAAUUGGGGCGGGAGAAGGGUAUUUGGAACCGGCCGACGGAAAGUGGCAGUCGAUGGCAGUUGAGUGGCAACUGGGCGGUUGAUGCCGACAGCAUUGUGCGCUGGGGGCGGCCUGUGAAGAGGGUAGAUGAGCUGAUGGAUAUUGAGCAGGCGAUUGAAGCCAUCAAAAAGCCUUAGUCUAUGUAUCCUUGACG